AUGCUUGAGUGGCACAACUAUUAUAGAGAACAACGCGGGGCGCCACCUCUCAGCUAUAAUUACAACUUACAAGCAUGGGCGCAGCUGUGGGCGGAAAGGCUUGCCCAAUAUGAUGUUAUUGAACACCGACCGCCACAACCGGACCCUGACAAUAGAAUGGGCGAAAAUAUCUACUGGAUGACUCUAACUGAGCCCGAUUUUGUACCUUCAGAAAAAGAAGUUACUAAGCUCUGGUUCAACGAAAUACAUCAAUAUAAUCAUCACGACCCGCGGUUCAGCCCGGAGACGUCUCAUUACACACAGAUGGUGUGGAAAUCAACCAUAUAUGUUGGAUGUGGUUAUGCCCGCUCAUAUUAUUCCAGGACAACAUACGUUGUCUGCAACUACUGGCCUCAAGGAAACAUCCUCGGAGAAUUUGCUGACAAUGUUCGUUAA